UUUCCUCUUUUUAUGUAUAUGUUCUCCCCAAAACAACGAUAAACCCUCGGCGGCUUCGCAUAGGCCUGAAUCACUUUCGCAGUAAUUGGGAUUUAUCUACUGAUAUUGGUAACGAGCAGAUGAAGAUGUCAGCACAGUUGGUCUCGGAAAAGCCGGUGUCUCUGUCGAGAGCUGCGAAGCUCCUCAGCAGAUUUGCCUCCGUUGACAACGGCUCUUCCGGCGCCGUCCCCUUGUAUCUGCAGCGCACUGCUGACGCUUUCAAUCACUUGGUCCAGUUCCACAGCAAGCAUAAAAAUAACGACCUUCAAAAUUACCCUGAUAUGAAAAGGGUUCAGAAACUGCAAAGAGACUGCGAGAAUGGAAACCCUCAAGAUAAUGCAGAGCCGAGGUUGGAUGAAGGAAACAGGAAAUAUACCAAGAUUGGUCAGAGCAGCGACGAAAAGACGUCGGAGAUCAUCAAUUUGGAGAAUAAAGUGCCAGAGCAAGAGAAAAAGAAGAAUAAGAAGAAGAGGAAGAGUGGAGAAACUGAUGGGGGAGACAAGAUUGAAGGUGAGAAGAAGGAGAAGAAGAGUAAAAAGAGGAGAACUGAGGUUGCUAACCGUUGAUAGCAGUUGGUGGUGGAUGGCUUCAGUUAUGGUUAUACUUGUUGUAAUUUUUGAAGGUAAUUAUGGGCCAAUGGAUUGAAUAUUAUUGCAAUUCAAUUUUCUUGGUAACUAGCUCAGUUUGUUGCAAAAAAUUAUCAUCUUCUUAAAGGAAUUUAGUUAUAUUCUCUUCAA